AUGGAAUUACUAUAGAGCAAAUCAAGUAAAUGUAAAUUUAUAUUAUGGAAUGUUCAGAUUAUGAAUUGGAAAAAACAGCAGAAUUUUUUGAUUAAUUAUUAAGUUUAGCAAUAAUUACCAAAUAUAAGAAGAAAACUUUAUGAACGUUCAAUUUAAAUAAAUAAUGUUAGUUACAAGGAAAUUCUUUAAAUAUUACUUUUUCUGAGCUUCAUAUUAAUAUCAUCUGCAUCCUAUUUAGCAUUUUCAUCAGAACUUUCAGAAACUGUGAGGAAAAUAUGGAGAAUUAAAUCUUUAUUAAGCAAAUAUUAAUAAAAACCUCUUAAUGAUGGAGGAUUUUUACAACUUCCGGAAUAAUGUUUAUUAGAUACUAAUCUUUAAGUUAGUAUUUUUUGA